CAAAACUACCAAUAUACAUUGUUCUGUUCGGUCAGUGGUGCAGCCAACUAACUCAACAAUUCUGAACAAUGUGUAUAGCUUUGUUUCUUUGGCAAUGCCACCCACUGUACCCUUUUCUUCUUUUGAAUAACAGAGAUGAAUAUCACAAUAGGCCUACGAAGCCAGUGUCUUGGUGGGAAGAUUGUGAUAUUUUGGCAGGAAGGGACGAAAUAGCAAUGGGAACAUGGUUGGCUUGUUCCACACAAGGAAGGGUGGCUUUUCUCACCAAUGUUUUGGAGCUUCAUACCCUCCCUGAGGCCAAAAGUCGUGGAGACCUACCCGUACUAUUUCUCAAGAGCAGCAAAAAACCGAAAGAAUUUGCGGAAAGCCUAAAAUCAGAGGCUCAUUAUUACAACGGGUUCAACUUAAUCGUGGCUGAUAUUGUCUCGAAUUCAAUGGUGUACAUCUCCAACAGGCCCAAGGGACAACCUAUUACCAUUCAAGAGGUUCCACCAGGGUUGCAUGUACUUUCAAAUGAUAAGUUAGAUUCGCCAUGGCAUAAGGCUCUGCGCCUAGAAUUCAGUUUCAAAGAACAUGUUGCCAAACAUGGGGAAGGUGAGAUACCUGUGAAGGAGGUGAUUCAAAAGCUAAUGAAGGACACAGUUAAAGCUGACAAAAACUCACUACCUCGUAUUUGUUCACUUGAUUGGGAAUUCAAUCUGAGCUCCAUUUUUGUUGAAGUAGAAACACCACUGGAGUAGUGCUGCAUUAACCGUAAGAUCAAGUGGUGAAGCAAGCUUUUAUGAGGUUUAUCUGGAUGACACAAAGUGGAAGGAACAUGUUAUCGAUUUCCGUAUCGGGAAGUUGAACUAUGUCACGGAUGAAGUAGCCUAGGGCAAAAGUAAUAUAUAGCACAAUGCUAGCUUUACUAUGCUUAAUUAAUAAACUCCAUCACUCAUAAACGAGGAAGGAUCAAAAUCAAUUGAUCCAUUCUCUUCUUAUUUAUGUAAUUGAUGAUAUUGAAAUGAUAUGCCGUCAAUAAGCUAGCACGGCUAACAGAGUGCAUGUAUGAAGAUUAGCUAAUGAAAUAAAGUUUAUGAUGAAUAACAUACAAAAUUGUACCGGCCAAAUGGAAUUUAAUUC